UCCAAUUUAUGUCCACGGACGUAAAUCGGACAUAUGGACAUAAAUUGGACGUGAAACGUACAUCCAUUGGAUAUCCGGUGCUGUCAUCAGUUGAAUGGUCCCAGAUCGACUUUUGAAAGAUGGAUGUCAUUGAUGGAUCUAAAAGUAUACACCAAUCAUAGCUAAUUUUUACUGAACGACCCUUUUGUGUUUUUUGAACUCAGCCAGUGUGUGAGAUACAAUGCCAUGAUGCUGACGAUGAGACGGUAGGGUAGAUUGGGUAAAUAAAAUCUAUUGUGUCAUAUAUAUAUAUAUAUAUACAAUGCGGGUACGAAUUUAUAAAAAUUAUUUAUAUUACUUGAAAACAAGCGGUACUUGUGUCGUUGUAUUUGGGGGCAUUUGGUUCUUUUAUCAGCUACGACAAAUAUCGCAGAUCGUUCGGUCCGCCGUGAAUACGAAUAUACUCAAGUUGGAAGAAGUGCAUCCACAAUACAUAUACAUCAAUGACCCUCGAUUUAAGGAUAUUUCCAUGUUCCAAACGGAUGAGGAUCUAUAUAAAUCUACACUGCAAAAACCACAAGGCAUUGGUGAUAUUUUAAUGAAAUGGUGGAAAGUGCACAGUCAUAAUUUGGCAUACAAGUUGCUCUAUAUGGCUCAACAUGGGGAUAAGAAUGAACGACAUAAAGCUGUUACUGCUCUUGGUUCUCUAUCCCAUUUAAAAAAUUGGCAGUAUUGUCAUUUGGCCCAAAUGUUAGAUGCUAAAACAGCAGUAGCCCUUGCAAGAAUGCCAAAUGUUAAUUUGCAGUUUUUUCUGCAACCACCAUACUAUCAUAUACAAUAUGAAUUGCAUGAUGUAUUGGAGAAAGUGCAAUCAUUGUUGUUACUUUUGAAUACACUGUGUGACAAAAUGCAUCCUUGCUUGACACAAUUUCUUAGUAAAAAUUUCAAAGACUCAUAUCGAGAUAGUUUCAUCUUUGAUCACGAUUUGACGAGUAUUGGCCUCUCAAUAAGACCAGUGACAAUAUGGGAUAGCGCUUUGCUGAAAAAUUGCAUUCAAGCAAUCUGUCAUCAUUCGUCUUUAGAAGAAUAUAGCAAGUACUUGGUCGACGCCGGGGUUUUGCCAAUACUGACCGCGAUACAAAAGAUCUGCAAGGAUGAUACAGAAGUAUGUGUAUUGCUCGCAAGAAUAAUAUCCAACGUGUCUCUUCAUUCGGAAUAUUUAGAAAAUAUCUUUGAAUCCGGAUGGAUCGGCAUAUUGUCACGUUGGUCACGUAGCGACGAUAUUCGUUUAUCGGCGCAGGCUCAUCGUGCAUUAGCAAACUUAGAUGCAGAAGGAAACGAAGGGGCGAAGUAUCCACGGCGUAUUUAUCUUCUUCAUCCUCUGCACAGAACUCAUGCAACCAUAAAGAUGGAUGUUGUAUUUCUGCAUGGAUUGCUAGGUGGAGUUUUCGUUACCUGGAGACAACGUGACACGGAUAUCUCUACACUCAGAGAUGUAGACGGCGAUAUUCCGAGUCAAACUUACUUGUCCACUAUGAUCGAAGAUGAUCGUCCUCAAGAAUUUUUCAAAGAUUUAGCUCGCGAUCUGCAACUGCGCGAGUGGAAGAAGAUGGGCCAGGAUUUCGAAGUGGUAUUGGAAGACUGUCCGCAAAAUGCAAAUUGCGAUGCCUGCGGACUUUACUUUUGCGGAGGAGACGAUCCCUGUAUGAGAAACGGCUCGGAAUCUGCAUCUAAAACGCAAUGCUGGCCCAAAGACUGGUUGCCUACAGACAUACCGUCGUUACGAAUUAUUGGCGUCAACUACGACACAAGCUUAUCUAUGUGGGCACCUUUCUGCCCAAUAGAAAGCACGAAGAGCACUAUUAAAGAGAGAAGUCAAGAAUAUAUUAAUAAAUUGUUGAUGGCAAAUGUGGGGCAACGACCUCUUGUAUGGGUCAGUCAUUCAAUGGGUGGAUUGUUGGUUAAAAAGAUGCUUGUAGAAGAGUGGAAAGCUGGGGAUAAGAAUGGUAUAUGUAAGAAUACCAGGGCUAUCGUAUUUUAUAGUACUCCUCAUCGAGGUUCUCGUGUAGCGGCUUUAAAACAGACGAUGCAAAUGUUGAUAUGGCCGACGGUGGAGGUUCAAGAAUUACGCGAAGAAUCGCCGCAAUUAUUACGGCUACACGAAGAGUUCCUGGAAAUGCUAAAAGAAUAUCACAUAGAGAUUGUGAGUUUCGCCGAAACCAAAUCUACACUGGUAACUGCGCUCAAGUUCCCCUUCCAAUUUGUCAGUCUUGAUUCAGCAGAUCCUGGAGUGGGAGAGUUUUUUGAGAUUCCGCAGGAUCAUAUAUCGAUAUGUAAACCAGCUAGCAGGCAAUCCUUCUUGUACCAAAAACUCUUGAGCGUGCUCAGACGACAGUUUAAUUCUCAGGAAGAAGGGAAAAUACUUUCGUCUGUUAGAUACUUGCUAUCUUUGCCAAGUAAAUUACUUUAGACCUAUUUAAUGUAUCGCAAAGUUUUAUAUAUUUUUGUACGCACAACCGAGCGAAUGUUUGACUGAUUGUAAAAAGAGAAAAAGAAAAAGAUUUGACAGAUGACAAUCUUACAAAUAAUUUAGUCCAUUCGUUCGGUCCCGCCGCAUUUCACCGCGUUUCCAUUUCAGACAGACAAGAGGAGUCAUUUUAUUGCGCCUGUUGUGUAAUCGUAAUUCCCACUUGAUUCGAUUUUUUUCACAGUCGUAAUUGUACAAAUAUAUCGUGGUAAGUACAUUAAUGAUGUGCAUUAACAUGAUUUUAUAGUGAUGUAAUAUAGUUGUGUAAUGAUAUGAUAUUUUCGUGGAACGCAGUCAAUCACUCUAAUUACUCUGACUAGAACAAGAAAAUUUAUCUGAUUAAAACAAAACAAUAAUAAUAAGGAACAAAUUCCACAAUAGAUGUCGAAUAGACUUCAGUCACAAAGUAACUGAGUGACAAAUGCAAACACAGAGAAACGUACGUACGUCGUAAUGCAUCAUUAUGCAUAAAGUGUAUGAAAAAUCAAAUUGAGUACACAAAAUAAGAAAUACACGAAAUUUAGAACGCUAUGUAUUCUACUUGAAAAACGCGGGUGAUUAAAAGGUGACUUCGUGCCGAGAACGCUGC